AUGCAGGAGAUGCCGCAACAGCAGUGGCAGGAGGAGUCUUCCGGGGCGGGCUCUGGCAUCGGAUCAGAACAGAGUUUUGUGAAGAGUGAGAAGAUGCCCACCGUCUCUGCUGCCUCUUUCCUACACUUUCCAGCCCAGCAGGAUUCCCAGCGGCCCCUUGAGCUGUUGCAGAGGAGUCAGGGGGUUCAAGGUCCUCCACAGACUGCUUUGAGGCCUCCCAGUCUUGCCGCGAAGACGUCGUCUUUGCUGCAGCGGAAGCAGCAGUUCUACAAGACAAAGAUGUGUCCUUGGUUCUCGCGCGGCCGCUGCGAUAGGGGAACGAGUUGUCAGUUUGCUCAUAAUGCGAUGGAGUUGAGAGCAACCCCAGACUUGAGGAGAACCUCUCUCUGUCCACGACUUAAGCAACUGGGGAGAUGCGUGAAUCGAGACUGCUCUUACGCUCAUCAGCCUCAGGAACUUAGAGCUACGGGGGAAGUGUACAAGACGGCUCUCUGCGUGAAGUGGCAACUGGGGCGGUGUGCCGUCGGGAACCUUUGUCGGCAUGCGCACGGACCCGAGGAGAUGCGCGGUCUCGCAGUGACAGCCAGUAACGGCGUAGCUUCCAAGAAGGACGUGGCAGAUCCUGUGACAGCAGCAGCAGGAGGAGCAGCAGCAGCAGCUGCUGCUGCUGUCUCCUCCUCCGGCGUGAGUGCCUUCGCGGAAGCUCCUGAUGGCGAUGUGAGUAGCAGGAGCAGCUUGGGAAGCUCCUCCGGCAACAGCAGCGGCAGCAACAGCACGUGCACUUCCUCGCCGGCCCCUUGCCUCUCCCCCUUCGCGUUUUCGGGAGCACCAGCAGCUGCGCCGACUGUUGCAGUCGAGAGUGAAGAGAAGGAGGGGAUGACUGCGUGGACUUGUGGAACUGGGGGUGUCUGCCUGGACUAUCCAAUGCAGCUGCACAAUGCCAUUGGCUGGGAGCAGCAGCAGGGACGCUCCGUGGGAACGCAGAGCAAGGGGCUGUCUCCGCAGCGGCAUCUGCCGGUUACCAAGGCUGCCGCAGUCAUUCCUGCGGUGAAUCGGAAGCUGCCGAAAGCUUUCCAGCGGCAGCUGCGUCAGCAGCAGCAGCAACAAGUGUUUCUGGUGCAGCCACAACGGCAGGGAAGGCCAAGCCACAAGGACCUCCCGCAACAGGCGCUGCAAGGAGGAAAUCGGCGGCGCUCACUUCAGCAGCAGCAGCAGAACUAUCAGCAGCAGCAGCUGUAUCCGUGGAUGCCGCGGCGUCAGCGGCUUCCGUGGGACCCUCCGCAGCAGGAGCAACACCAGCACCUGUCUCACGGCCCUUUGCAGCAAGAUCUGCACAUCGAUUCUCAGCAGCAACCCCUCCUUGUUCGGGACGCUCUCCUUUUGCAGCAGCAGCAGCCAGCGACUUUGCAGCUGCAAGACGGUCUCUGGCAGCAGCAAGAGCAGCACUGCCUGCAUCCACUGGCCGACGAUUGCUGCAUGACAUUCGAGAGGACAGCCCUCAGCCCGGAAAACGCGAAUCCGCGUUUGCAGCAGCAGCAGCAGACGAAGGCGCUGGCGUAUGGCCCCCACCUGCCGCAGCAGCAGCAGCAUGCCUCAUGGGAUCAUGAGGGGCUUUUGUGUAUCUGGGACCAGCCAGAUGUGUGUUGGGGCUGCAGCAGCGAAGUGGAGCGGCAGCAACAGCAGCAGCGCGAUACAGCUGCCAGAGCAGAGGUUUCCGGAGACACUGCCUUUGCUGACGCUCCUAUCGGCGAGCGUCUCAUGCUGCUGCCUCAGCAGCAGGACGUGCAGGGCGCCGGAGGUGAUGGGGUGCCUCGGCAACAGACUCAGCAGCUCUUGGACGCACAUCUUAGGUGCUCCGGGGGUGGCAUUCGAGCGACGGCGGCUGCAGCGGAAGCGGAGGCUCACCUCACGCCUGAAGAGGCUACACGCGGAGGAGGGGAAACUCGUCCGGUGCCGUUAGAGGCCCCUGAACGCAGUCGAAUUUCCAAAACAAGCGAGGAGAGUCCUUGUUCUAUUCUGUUUUCUGGUCCUCAGCUGUUUAAUGUAACAGUGGAAACAGAGUAG